AGGUAUGCACAUAACUUUAAAGUACAACAAAGAACGAUAUCACCAGAUGACAACCGCCGUGAACACCAAACGAAUAGACGAAUGUGACGAGUCCAUCGACAGAAUAGCUGCCUAUACCGGUAAUGACGCCGAGUGGUUACUCCACGUGAAGAAUGUCAAUGAGAGAUUACGGUUUCUCAGGGAAAGCUACCGGCUAGUAGCCAAUUUCCGCAAACGGCAGAUACGCCAGCAGGCGGGCCAUGGCUCGGGGGAUCUUGACGAUGGUAACACCACGAUGGUGACAGACCCAGCGCAAAUGAAUCUUGAGGGAGUCAUUUCUGACGACGAUGAGGGAAGCAGCACCACGGACGCGGCCCUGGGGCUCCGGCUGACACUGCGACGAGGCGUGUCAUCGUCGUAGCUGGAUUGCCAUGGUGUUGGGGUUUGUUUGAAUGGACUCAGGUGGAUGUGGGGGGACUUUCCGUGAAUUCUCGAUGGCUGAGCCACCAAUACCCCCACAACCCACGCUUGUAUCAUCAUGAGCACCUUUUACCACCACCAGGCUGACCGUACCGACCCCAUUACCUACUGGUGGUGUUUUCACCCAUAUAUUUCAUUUAUAGCAUGCAAUCGAUAUCUCGGUCGUGGCCGCGCGCCCUUGUCAA